GAAACAUCCCACUUCGCCCUUGUGCUAGAGAUGCUUAUCAUCUCUUUCAAGAUCUAUGCUUAUUGACUAAUUCUGAGCAACCAAUGUUUCUUAGAUUAAAUAGCUUAUCAAGGACAUUUGGCUUGGAUUUGAUAGAGUCGGUAUUGACAAAUCAUUCAAAACUAUUUAAACCGCAUCAAGAAUUAACAUUUUUGCUUCGGGAGCGUGUCUGUCCUUUAAUUAAUAAAAGUUUUGCUGAUAAAAGCGAUUUUCCAACUACCAUGCGACUAAUGCGAAUUGUCCGUAUAUUACUUAAGCAAUUCAGUGAUAUUUUGGUGACAGAAUGUGAAAUAUUCCUUGCUUUGUUUGUUAAAAUCCUUGAGCCUGACAAUAUAUACUGGCAGCGGGUUAUUUCAAUGGAAAUAUUUCGCGGAAUUUGUUCUGAUAGUGCACUUUUACGUUCAAUUUACCGUUGGUAUGAUGGACAAGGACAAUCUGCUAAUGUGUUUAGAGAUAUGAUAAAUGCCUUUGGCAAAUUGGCUGCAGAAAAGCCCCAAUUAAUUGGACAUUUACAUCAAGGUAGAGAAAGUAUGGAUAUGUCAGGAAUGGCUGGCGUGGUAAUGGGAGGAGUUGGGCAAGUAGAUUCUCCUGGACUAAGUAUUGCAAACUCAGUCAUGAAAAUUCAAUGUAUUGAUCAAUUAGAUAAAGCUGAACCACCACAAAUACCGGAAACGUAUCUUUAUUAUCUCGCUUUUGUAUGUCUUAAUUCUAUUGCUGAUGGCCUACACAAUUUUGUCUCGUCAAUUUUUGCUGGCAUUAUACAGAAACAGCAACACGAUGAAUCGCAGCAAACUUCCGCAACUCAGCAGCAAUCAAUAUUUGGAAACACUGCAUUACAACAACUCGAAUCACACCCUGAAUAUAAAGAAGUUUUACUUGUUGCAGACAUGGCAAACACAGCAUGGCCUGGAUUACUUGCUGCACAAUCAUUUUUCCUUACAGCUAAUCUUGACGAAGAGUUAUUUCAGGGAGUUUUACGCGCGUAUCAAAAUUUCACUAUUGUGUGUGGUGUGCUUCGGCUUUCUACACCAUGCGAUGCCUUUUUGACGAGCCUAUGUAAGGGAGCAGUUCCUCCUAGUAUAAUCGCUGCGUAUGUAGCAGAAAGUAAAGCAGUUCAUAGUAGUGGGAAUGCUACUGGUUCCGGUUAUGAUAGUACUGUAAUGGUCACAUUAUCUGAUAGAAAUUUAUCUUGUCUCAAAAUACUAUUGAACAUUGCGCAAUACCUUGGUGGAGUCUUGGGUGAUUCUUGGUAUUUGGUAUUGGAGACAUUACAAUUAGCAGAUUUUAUAAUAUUUCCUAAACAUGCUCGAGGUGGAUCAAGAGGUACCCGUAGAGCUGGUACACAGCAUUCUGCGUCUGUUUCAACAUCAUCUUUAUCAACGCCACAAACUGCUGGCAGUAGUUCAUCAUCACUUGCUCAAUCUGCGUCAACUGCUCCAAAAAGACCUUAUUCGGGAAUCAUGAAUUUUUCCACCCAACAUCCUGCACAAUCAUCUCAAACUGGGUCGUCUGUGGCUAAUUCAGCCUCUCAACAAACAGCUAUUGAAAAUGACUUAAACAUAUUAUUGGUACAAAUAAAAAAAUUAUUUGAUAAUUGCAAUCUUCUUGAUGAUUCAGCUAUACAAUAUUUCACUAGCGCAUUAUGUAAGCUAAAUGCUUACACCUAUGGCAUUCCUUUGGCUAGUGAAAUUUCAGAAGAUGGUCAAGGAAUAACGUCGGUGGAAGGUAAAACGCCAAAAUCCUCACCAUUAAGUAAUCUGCGUGGAAACAAAACAGAUGAGAAAUCCUUUGCGAUUGACAAGUUGCGUACCGUCGCACUUUCAAAUAUACAUCGUCUUAUUGCACGAGAACCUAAACUUAUUUGGGAUCUAAUUGUAUCUAAUUUAAUAACAACUGCAAAUUAUAUAUCUACUCCGCAACAAGUUCGUAUGCAAGCUUGUGAAAUAUUGUCUGAUAUCAUUAUUACAUCUAUGAGUUACACGAGUUCAGCGCAAAUAGGAAGCGAUGAACGUAUUCAGAUGCAAUUACUUACUUCACUAAGUCAUUUAGUGAAUGAUCCAGAAAGGACAUCUCGGGGUUAUAGUAAAGGGUUUUAUGUAGAAGUUCAAAAAAUGGGAUUGGAAACUUUGAAUAAAUUAUUACAAACGUCUGGACAUUCAUUUGCGUUUGGAUGGGGUAUGAUUUUUGAUAUGAUCAAAAGUGUAUGUACAAUAAAUGUUUCUGGUGAAAUGGGGGAUGAUGAAGGUGAUACUGCGAGUUUAGACAGUGCUGGCAUAAUUGAUGGAUCAUUCGGAGUAUCAAAUUCUAAAUCUUCUGGGCUGGUUCGUGUAGCAUUCCCAUCUUUGCAAUUAAUAUGCACAGACUUCUUAUCACUAUUAUCUCCUGAAUGUUUAAAACAAUGUAUUAAUACGCUAGGAGCGUAUGGCUUACAAAUGGACGAUUUAAAUAUCAGUUUAUCGGCCAUUGGGCUUUUGUGGAACGUUUCAGAUUUCAUACAAACUAAGCGUGCGGAUCUUGAAAAAACUCAGGAGAAUCAUGGCAAAGAUGUCAAUGCCAUAACAAAAAAUGCUGUUAUUGAACAGGAGAUAGAACGAAUUAUUAAAGGAGACUUGACAUCCCAUACCAUGAACGCGCUUUGGAUGUUAUUAUUGAUACAACUUUCAAGAAUUUGUUCUGAUUCUCGACCAGAAGUUCGUAAUGGAGCAAAUCAAACUUUAUUCCGCACCGUUGACAUGAAUGGUUCAGUGCUAGAUAUUCAAACUUGGCACACAUGUAUUUGGCAGGUAUUGUUUCCGCUUUUGAAUUCGGUCAAGCUAGUUUCAGAAAAAGUUGUGAAGGCAGCUAUGCAACAACAGCAACAAAGUCCAAAUUCUGAAAAACUUACAUCACAAAAGGAAUUUAAUGGUUUUAUGGUUCAUCACUCGAGGAAUACUGUUGACAAACAGUGGGAUGAAACUAAAGUAUUAAUUCUAACUGGAAUGUCUGGAAUAUUUAAAAACUUUAUACCCAUAUUGAUAAAUUUAGAUGAUUUUAAACAAGUAUGGGGAUUGUUGCUUUCACAUUUGCAAGAUUAUUGCUUACAUUCUAGUAAUGAGGUUGCUAUUGCCGCUGUUAAAUCUUUUCACACAAUUAUUCAAUUUCCUAAAGACGAGUCUCAUACUGACCAGUUAAAGAAGAGAAUUUUACCACACUGGCAAACUGCAUGGAUUGUCUGGGAGACAAUAGGAUUGGGUAUUAUAACGAUUUCAGACAGAAGAGCUCUUAAUGUCGACAUGGAUAAUGGAAAUUUGUCAUCUUCUGAAACAUUAGAAUCUCCCAUCUCAUCGCAAUUUACCCAAGAUACUCUCACCGCCUAUGUUAUUGCCUUUGGAGAUCUUUAUAAUGUCAUUAGUCAAGAUUUUGGGAUCGAUGAAAUAAAAAGAUUUUUAAAGGUUAUUUAUGGUGUAUUGACUUAUCCGAAUAGCACAUCAUAUAGACCAGAUUAUGAUUAUCUCACUCCCUUACAGGAAGCUGUAUUAAAUGUUGUAGGACAAAUUGAUUUAAAUGUAUCAGGUGCACCUGCAGUAGUUUUGAGUGAUUUUGCAGAUUAUAUGACUUUGGCUUUUACAAAGCAUUCCCGGAUUGAGGAAGAACCCGAAAAGCUAAAGAACAAAAAAGAGCAGGCAUCCACCAAGAGUGCUAAAGCAGCAAAUAAAGAAAACACAUUGUCUAAAAAAUCAUUCUCAACAGUUACUUAUAUUGUCUUUUCAAAGACUGCUAUGCGUACAGUAAAUGAUUUGUUUAAAAAGUUUGUGAAAGAUCAGGGUGUUUAUGCAGAAGGAGUCUUUAAGAAAAUAAUUUGGGCAUAUGGUAUUCCUAUGAAAAUGAAAUAUGAUUGUCCACCGUCUGGAAAACAUGUAAACGAUAUCGAACUUUGGAAAAUCGCCACAAACGCAUUUUUAGAUGUUGUAAAGGAAGGUUUGAUUUCAUUAGAAGGUUUUGGCAAAGCCAUUUCAGACGAAUGUUUCGUAGAUGUAUGGAAACAACUAUCUAGUGUUCUUCAUGACGCACUAAUAACUGUCAGAAAACCACCAUCUACUAUAAAUUUAGAACAACAAGAUGCAAAUGAGGCAUUUGAUAUGAAAUUUCUUUUUAACCUUCAGACAGAUGUGGUAAUUCAUAUGGGUCACCCUCGAGUCCCACAGACCCUUAUACGCGAGAUUGUUGAAACACUACAAGAAGGAUCACAACUAUAUUCCGCUGAUAUUGAAAGACAUGCAGCAGUUAACGGGCAUUCAAGUAAAACACAUGUUAAACAAUUAGAAAAGGUUGAGGGAGUAACAGCAAUAAUAGCCCCGGUGGCACGAGAACGGUUUGCAUAUGCUUGCCUACAAUGUUUGUUCGAUCUGUGUUCAGCAGAGUAUGAAGAUAACAUUCCUGUGCGGCAGAGGAUAGCAGAAGUUGCUGCUCCAAUUUUAUUAGAGCGAUGUGCAUCAGUAAUCCGAAACUAUACAGCUGAUCAACCCUUGUCGGGUAAAUUUCCGUUCCCAAGCCUUUCUUCCAGGGUACGACAUGAUGAAAUAUUGUUAAUCUUGCAACAAUUAAUCAAGUUACGACUUCGAAAACAUAUUAUACAUGUUGAUGAGGAAGAAUCAUCAGCCAAUCCUAUAAAAAAGCAAAUUUUAUCUGGCCCAAUUGCGCAUUUAUUUUAUCUUUAUCCGGUUAUAUGUGAGGCUAUUUCUUUGCCAGACGAGAAUAUCGUGGUCUUAUUAAAAGAAUGCUUAAAAAAGGUUGGAGAGGAAUUAGGUGUAUAUUAG